UUCAGGAAGAAGAAAUAAUGGCGACGCUUUUGGGGUCCGAGUCCCCUUGUACUGGAGGAAAACGAAGAAAUUGCAGUAGCAAUAUCGUUUCAAGGUUCACGGCCAGUAAAAUAACUGGUCAGGGGUUCAGUCGAGGAACACAGCUCCCUGUAGGCCUGCUUCUAGAAAGAGAUAAACGGGCUAAGUGGCAUGGCAUCCCUACUCUGCUGCAGAAGCUCUACGAGAGCAGCCACCCAAACAGUGACCUCUCACAUGCCCACAGCUUUCUUAAGGUAUUAUCAUCCCAGCUCUCCAUGGAGGCUAUGUCUUUUGUCACAGAGGACAGGAAGACUGCUCAGGAAUCCACCUUCCCCAACACACAUACCUUUGACCUCUUUGGUGGAGUCGAUCUGCUUGUGGAGAUCUUGAUGAGACCCACAUUAACUAUGCAGAAGAAAAAACCCAAAAUGAAUGAUGACUUGGUCAAAGACUGCCUUAGUGUUCUCUACAACUGUUGUAUAUGUACGGAGGGGGUCACAAAGAGCCUGGCAGCAAGGGAUGACUUUGUCCUGUUUCUCUUCACCCUGAUGACAAACAAGAAGACAUUCCUGCAGACUGCUACCCUUAUUGAAGAUAUUCUUGGAGUCAAAAAGGAAAUGAUUCAGUUAGAGGGCAUUCCCAAUCUCUCUGGCUUGGUCCAAAGCUUCGACCAACAACAACUAGCCAACUUUUGCCGCAUCCUGUCUGUCACCAUCUCAGAACCUGAUGUAGGAAACGAUGACAAGCACACCUUACUGGCAAAAAAUGCCCAACAGAAACGCAAUGCUAGCCCCUCACGGGCUGAGGUCAACCAGGUAACCCUUCUGAACAUCCCUGGCUUCAUUGAGCGGCUGUGUAAGCUUGCCACUAGAAAAGUUUCGGAGGCCACAGGAGCGAACUUCCUGCAGGAGCUGGAGGACUGGUACACUUGGCUGGACAAUGCGCUGGUGCUGGAUGCUCUCAUGCAGAUGGCAACAGAGGAGCCCGAACAAAGCAGUACAGAGUCAUCAGAUGAAAGUUCCCUUGCCACUAGCCCUCUCAGACAUCGAUUGCCCCAGUCCAUGAAGAUUGUCCACGAGAUUAUGUAUAAAGUAGAAGUACUCUAUGUGCUAUGUGUCCUCCUAAUGGGGCGACAGAGAAACCAGGUCCACAAGAUGCUGGCAGAGUUCCGUCUCAUCCCGGGGCUCAAUAACCUGUUUGACAAACUAAUCUGGAGGAAAUACACUGCCUCAAAUCAUGUGGUGCAUGGCCAGAAUGAGAAUUGUGACUGUAGUCCAGAAAUAUCCUUUAAAAUCCAGUUCCUUCGGCUGCUUCAGAGCUUCAGCGAUCAUCACGAGAACAAAUACCUGCUGCUGAAUAGCCAGGAGCUGAACGAACUCAGUGCCAUUUCUAUGAAGGCCAACAUCCCUGAGGUGGAAGCUCUGGUCAACACAGACAGAAGUCUGGUGUGUGAUGGGAAGAAGGGCCUGCUGACACGCAUUCUUACUGUCAUGAAGAGGGAGCCACCAGACUCAUCCUUCAGAUUCUGGCAGGCGAGGGCAGUGGAAAGUUUCCUCCGUGGAGCCACCUCCUAUGCAGACCAAAUGUUCCUCCUGAAGAGAGGACUACUAGAGCACAUCCUGUUCUGCAUCAUAGACAGCGGCUGCACUUCUCGGGAUGUCCUACAGAGCUACUUUGAUCUACUCGGAGAGCUUAUGAAGUUCAACAUCGAUGCCUUUAAAAGAUUUAACAAAUAUGUCAACACUCCAGAGAAGUUUCAAACUUUUCUGACACAGAUCAACAGUUCACUGGUGGACUCUAACAUGCUGGUACGCUGCAUUGUCCUUUCAUUGGACCGCUUUGAGAGUCAGACUGAAGAUGUCAAAGUGGUGGAGGUACUUUCUGAGUGCUGCCUGCUGUCGUACAUGGCCAGAGUUGAGAACAGGCUGUCCUUUCUCUUCAGACUGAUCAACAUCAUCAACGUCCAAACUCUCACACAGGAGAAUGUGAGCUGUUUAAACACCAGUUUGGUGAUCUUGAUGCUGGCCAGAAGAAAGGCUAAAUUGCCCUUCUACCUCAAUGCCCUGCGGGAGAAGGAGUACGCCGAGAAGUACCCAGGCUGCCUGCUCAACAACUUCCACAACCUUCUGCGCUUCUGGCAGCGUCACUACCUCAACAAGGACAAAGACAGCACAUGUCUGGAGAACAGCUCCUGUAUCCCGUUCAGCUAUUGGAAAGAGACGGUGUCUGUGCUGCUGGGCUUAGACAGGACUUCUCUGUGUGCCAUAGCGAGCUACAUUGAUGAGCCCUUCAUGGACCUGGACAGAGACCUGCUGGAAGAUUGACCUCCAGUGUGUACGUUGGGGGCGGGACAGGGCAGAGGGUCACAGGGAGCAUGGACACCCACAGCUGGUGAAGACUCCUCUGAGCUGAGCCAUCCGGGCACUUUGUGACUGUGUUCUGGAUGUAAAGACUCGCACGUUUGCUCUCGGUACCUUCGCAUGGGGGCCGCCAUCACCAAUAUGAGAGGACGUGAUUCACACUAAAUUAUCGUGCUCUUAUUCAAAGGAGGAGGGGGAACCUUUCUUCCCACUCCAGAGACUAAAAAGGGACCUUGCAAAAUCACACCUGCGUUGGUCGUUUGCUAUAGGUGAACUUCAAAUAGAGCCUUUUAUAUAACCUAUACAAAAUUCUAUGGAAAAAUAUGUAUGAUUCAAGAAAUUAUAUGUUAGGAAAAAAGAUUCUUUUCAGCAGUUGGCGAACUGUCAGCCUAUUGCAGGUCACUGAUGCGUCAGGGGGCUGCAAGGGGUCUCCAGCCUUGACCUCCCACUACCUACACGCUCCCGGCUGACUCCACACCAGUACACGACCUCACCUGCUGGGAGAUCGAACUUGUGGUUUUGGAGUUUUAUCAUGGGUCUUAAUGAACAGCAUUUUCAUUUAACCGUUGUGGGUCUAUGACAAUUGGUGCUUUCUGGCUCUACUCUGCACAUUCAAAUAGCUUGUGAGCCACAUUUCCCACAUCACGCAGGGCUCCUCCACUAAAACCAUCCACUCUGUCGUGAUGUCAGAAGGUUCACUUUGGGGCUCUCUUCUUUACCGGGUUAUUUUUGUUGAUUUACUUUUUCCUGUUGAAAAAAAGACUUUUAGCUCUGGACAAACUGUAGAAUAAACAAUGCACAGGUGAAAUUGUUUUUAUUGUUUAUUAUAUUUUAACACAUUUGUUGAUUAAAAAGGUCUUCAUUUUGUAACACAAUGUGUAUUGGUGUUGUGAGAGAUGCUUUAGGACAAGAAUAAACUAUGCAGGCACUA